CACGGAAUUACGUCAAAUACCGAAAACGGCAUUCAUUGUGAAAAAGUUACCUCGCACUGUGCUAAGCUAUGAAGAAUUUGUUUGUGAUUAUAUUUGCCUGCGGUUUGCUAUUGAAGUUCGGCAACUCGCUUAAAAUCGAUUGUGAUAAUCCCGAAUCGAUAAAGGAGGAUCGUAUACACUACUGCUGCAAACAUCCCGAUGGCUAUCAGGAGUUCGUGGACUCGUGUGCCAAGGAGACGGGCUUCAAAUUUAUCAAACACGAUGAGGAGGCAAUUGUCGAUAUAACAGCGGAUCAUGCCAUAUUGGGUACAUGCUUCGCCAAAUGUAUCUUCAAUAAGUUGCAAUUCAUGAAAGGUGACGAUUUGGAUAUGCCGGCGGUGCGCAAACACUACGAGGGUAAAUUCAAAACAGAUCCAGAGUAUGCAAAGGAAAUGACAAACGCAUUCGAUCACUGUCAUAGCAAAUCCAUUGAGAACACUGCGAAAUUCCUAUCCAAUCCAAUAUUCCACGUACCCGGCGCUAAGUACUGCGAUCCCAAGCCCAGUGUCAUUUUGGCCUGUGUAAUACGUGAGUUCUUUCACAAUUGUCCUGCCGAUCGUUGGGCUAAGACGGAAGAGUGCAACACCGUGUUGGAGUUCAGCAAGAAAUGCAAAGACGCAUUGACCACGAUUUAAGUGACGACUGCAGUGUUGUGGAGGAAUGUUAAUAGCAUCGUUGAAUAAUUAAAAAUGAUUGUUUGUGUGUUUAAAAAAUCGCUUCAAAAUUUUGGUAACAUUUUAGUAGUAACUCUCUCUAGGUGCGUGAUUUGACAACCACUUUACCUACCUACCUACCUAGUAAUAAAUCAAAAAUUGUUUAAAAAUGUUAACAAAAACACUUUUUUCUGGAAUAAAUGUUUUGGCCUUUUCGAUAAAUUUGAUUU